AUGAAACAGUGUGAUCCAAGGGAGGAGUUCAAGAUGGAAAGGGGCUUGAGGCAGGGUGAUCCAUUGACUCCUUUGUUGUUCUUGAUAGUGGCUGAAGGACUCAAUGGCCUUUUCCAACAGGCUAUUCGGUUGGAGAAGUUUGAGAGCUACAAAUUUGGGUCAUCAAAUGAGGAGAAUGGAGUUUGGCAUUGGUCUUUCCUUUGGCGAAGACCCUUUUUUGACCGUGAGGAAGAGAAGAAGGUUGGGCUUCUCAAUCACCUGCAAACUGCCUCACUAGUUGAAGGAAAGGAAGAGAAGUGGAUCUGGAUUGCAGAUGAGGAAGGGAACUAUUCUGUGAAUUCAAUGUUCUUACUUCUCCAAGGUUUGGAGAUGGAGGACCCGAAUCCAGUGUUUGAAACCCUGUGGAAAGUGGUUUCCCCUUCAAAUGUGCUCAUGUUUGGAUGGAAGAUGCUGGUGGCUGGAGUUCCUAGUGGUCGUGUUGUUGGGGCUGUAAAUACUGGGGCUGUUGAGGUUUUGCUUGAUAAAAAAAACGUGCUUGUUGAAGAUGUGACAAGAAGGUUAACCUGGCCAAACAAGGGGAGGGGAAAAGUUGGGUUCACUGUUGUUCCAGGUUUUAAAUUUGGCAAGAAAAUAGCCAAUGUGUCGGUGGUCCAAGUGGACUCAUGGCAUGAGCCUAAUUCUCACCCAUGUUGGUAG